CCGAGACUUUCGGUGCCGAAUCGGAAUCAUCCAUUGGAUCGGCCGUCUCUGUCACCAAUUCGCAUACAAAUUGAUGGCUGAACGCCUAAACAACGGAUUGAAGUCCAAUCGCAUGAAGAUCUAAGUUCUGGAAAUUGAGUUUUCUGGGAGCGAAUGAUUCGCAGAAAUGAAGCAUAAUUCGCUGCGGAGGUCUAGCUCUCAGAAACUGCACCGGAGAUGGAGGAGGAAAUUGUCCGUACUGGCGCUGAUUUUGGUCGGACUUUGCGUCGGAACUUUCGCGCUCAUGGAGACGCACUACAGACGAAUCAAAGUGCCCGCGUUUCUGUCUCACCAGGCUGUUCAGAAGCCCAAGAUUGCGUUUCUGUUCAUAGCUCGGAAUCGGCUUCCUCUUGAUAUUGUCUGGGAUGCCUUCUUCCAGGGAGAUGGGGAGAACAAAUUUUCCAUACACGUUCAUUCGAGACCUGGCUUUCUAUUCAACCAAGUGACAACAAGAUCGGUGUAUUUCUUGAACCGCCAAGUUAAUAAUAGCAUACAGAUUGGGGAGAAGCAAGCAUGAUUCAAGCAGAGCGUAUUUUGCUACAAAGUGCAUUGGUAGAUCUCUCAAAUGAAAGAUUCGUAUUUCUUUCAGAUAGCUGCAUACCAUUGUACAACUUUAGCUACACAUACAACUAUAUAAUGUCUACCUCCAAGAGUUUUGUGGACAGUUUUGCUGAUACAAAGGGAGGCCGUUACAACCCAAAAAUGCAUCCUGUAAUUCCUGUUCAGAACUGGAGGAAAGGAUCUCAGUGGGUUGUUCUAAACAGAAAGCAUGCCAAAAUUGUAGUAAAAGAUGAAGUUGUUCUUCAUAUGUUUCAGUUGCAUUGCAAGAAAAAACCACUACCUGAGUUUUGGAGGGAGCAUCCAGUGCCUGCGGAUACAUCAAAAAUUCAUAACUGUAUACCUGAUGAACAUUAUAUUCCAACGUUGCUUGCACAAAAAGGACAAGGGGGAGAAUUAAUCAGAAGAACCCUGACUCACACAUCAUGGGAUCUUCCAUCUUCCAAGCGGCGUGAACGGCAAGGGUGGCAUCCUGUUACAUACAAGUUAGCUGAUGCUACCCCUAUGCUCAUUCAAUCUAUUAAGGAAAUAGAUAAUAUUUAUUACGAAACAGAGUACCGGAGAGAGUGGUGCACUAGCAAGGGAAAACCUGCUCCAUGCUUCCUUUUUGCAAGAAAAUUUACCCGACCUGCUGCUCUUAGGCUGCUCAAUGAUACGUUUGCGCUUGGAGUUUCCAGACAAAAGAACAAAGUGACUUCCAUUAAGUUGAAAAAUUAUUAGGAUCGUCAGCAUAUACCAAUAUGUACAAUUCUUACCCUGUGUACAUUGUUGUAUUAUUGUGUGUGAAAGAUGUUGUAAUAGUAUAACUAAGACAUUACUCUUACUCCCUAUAUGUGUGUGUGUGUGUGUGUGUGUGUCAAUUCUUUAUUUCUCCAAUUCUACCUCCAUAUCCCCAACAUCUAUCAAUUCUUGGUUUCGAUUGAACCAAACCACAACAACAUUGGGGAUCUCAUGUCUUGUAUGGACCUAUUGCUAUCAGUUAACACUUUUACAGUUGAGUGGGUAGGCUCUUCAGGAAGCUGAACAAGGUUAAGGGAAAACUGCAAGUUACCAAACCAUAUGAUAUGGCCAUUGUGACUUGUGAGGCU